CCAAAAAGUUAACCAAAAAGAUGAUGAAACCACAGAUAACUCAACUCUCGCACUCCACCAAAACCCCCUUCCUAUUGCACAAGCCCUUCAUCCAUGGUGAUGGCAAUAUUGCUUCACUUCCAAUCAUCUCAAGGCACUCAUUCCAGAAAAAGAAGAAAAAUGUUCGAGUCGGCUUCAUCCCUACCACCAACGUUAACAUAAAAGCUGUGGCAAGCACUACCGAGAACGAGAAGCCCACUUCUGUUGAAGCCAUUGUCACUGUGAAACUUACCGUUGGUGGCUUCCUCUCAAACCUUGGAUUAGAUCGAGGGCUAGAUGAUAUCAAACAUUUACUUGGUAAAACACUCCACUUGGAGCUUGUUAGCUCCGAGCUUGAUACUAGGACGGGACUAGAGAAGGAGACAAUUAAAGGGUACGCACAAUGGACGAGCAAAGAGGAGGACGAAGUGAAAUACGAGUCAAGUUUUGAAAUUCCAGAAGAUUUUGGGGAGGUUGGGGCCAUUUUAGUGGAGAAUGGACACCAAGAGGAGAUGUUCUUCAAGGAUAUUAUCCUCAAUGGCUUCCCUUAUGGCCCCCUUCAUAUCAACUGUAAUUCAUGGGUUCAUUCAAAGAAUGACAAUCCCCAGAAGAGGGUGUUCUUCGCAAACAAGUCAUACUUGCCAUCCAAGACACCAAGUGGGCUGAGGAGGCUAAGAGAAGAAGAGCUUAAGAUUUUGAGAGGCAAUGGACAAGGAGAACACAAGAGCUUUGAGAGGGUGUACGAUUACGAUGUGUACAACGAUCUAGGAGAUCCUGACACUAAUGAAGAUCUUAAAAGACCAGUACUCGGUGGCAAACAAUACCCUUAUCCUAGACGUUGCAGGACUGGACGCCCACGCUGUGACACAGAUCCAUUGUCGGAGAAAAGGAGCAGCGGCAGCACCUAUGUUCCUCGUGACGAAAGCUUCUCGGAAGAAAAGAGGCUAACGUUCUCAGCCAAGGCAAUAUACUCAGUGCUGCAUGCGCUGGUACCUUCCUUAGAGACGGCAAUCUUUGACUCCGAGCUUGGAUUCCCCAACUUCACCGCCAUAGAUUCUCUUUUCAACGAGGGUGUUAACCUGCCUCCCUUUGAAAACCAGAAGAAAGGGUUCCUCAGCACCCUCCUGCCCAGGCUGGUCAAGGCCAUCGCUAAUACAGGAGAAGAUGUGCUGCGGUUUGAGACCACCGACACAAUGGACAGAGACAAAUUCUUUUGGUUUAGGGAUGAGGAAUUUGCUAGGCAAACUCUUGCCGGUGUCAACCCCUAUAGCAUACAGUUGGUCACGUUUGUACUUAUUCAUCACCUUGUGUUGUCACUUUCUGAGAGUGCCAAAAAUCGCAUUAUUUUGGUGAUGUGCUAUAUCUCUGCUGCUUCUUAUAUAUAUAUCUCUCCCAAAAAGUUAACCAAAAAGAUGAUGAAACCACAGAUAACUCAACUCUCGCACUCCACCAAAACCCCCUUCCUAUUGCACAAGCCCUUCAUCCAUGGUGAUGGCAAUAUUGCUUCACUUCCAAUCAUCUCAAGGCACUCAUUCCAGAAAAAGAAGAAAAAUGUUCGAGUCGGCUUCAUCCCUACCACCAACGUUAACAUAAAAGCUGUGGCAAGCACUACCGAGAACGAGAAGCCCACUUCUGUUGAAGCCAUUGUCACUGUGAAACUUACCGUUGGUGGCUUCCUCUCAAACCUUGGAUUAGAUCGAGGGCUAGAUGAUAUCAAACAUUUACUUGGUAAAACACUCCACUUGGAGCUUGUUAGCUCCGAGCUUGAUACUAGGACGGGACUAGAGAAGGAGACAAUUAAAGGGUACGCACAAUGGACGAGCAAAGAGGAGGACGAAGUGAAAUACGAGUCAAGUUUUGAAAUUCCAGAAGAUUUUGGGGAGGUUGGGGCCAUUUUAGUGGAGAAUGGACACCAAGAGGAGAUGUUCUUCAAGGAUAUUAUCCUCAAUGGCUUCCCUUAUGGCCCCCUUCAUAUCAACUGUAAUUCAUGGGUUCAUUCAAAGAAUGACAAUCCCCAGAAGAGGGUGUUCUUCGCAAACAAGUCAUACUUGCCAUCCAAGACACCAAGUGGGCUGAGGAGGCUAAGAGAAGAAGAGCUUAAGAUUUUGAGAGGCAAUGGACAAGGAGAACACAAGAGCUUUGAGAGGGUGUACGAUUACGAUGUGUACAACGAUCUAGGAGAUCCUGACACUAAUGAAGAUCUUAAAAGACCAGUACUCGGUGGCAAACAAUACCCUUAUCCUAGACGUUGCAGGACUGGACGCCCACGCUGUGACACAGAUCCAUUGUCGGAGAAAAGGAGCAGCGGCAGCACCUAUGUUCCUCGUGACGAAAGCUUCUCGGAAGAAAAGAGGCUAACGUUCUCAGCCAAGGCAAUAUACUCAGUGCUGCAUGCGCUGGUACCUUCCUUAGAGACGGCAAUCUUUGACUCCGAGCUUGGAUUCCCCAACUUCACCGCCAUAGAUUCUCUUUUCAACGAGGGUGUUAACCUGCCUCCCUUUGAAAACCAGAAGAAAGGGUUCCUCAGCACCCUCCUGCCCAGGCUGGUCAAGGCCAUCGCUAAUACAGGAGAAGAUGUGCUGCGGUUUGAGACCACCGACACAAUGGACAGAGACAAAUUCUUUUGGUUUAGGGAUGAGGAAUUUGCUAGGCAAACUCUUGCUGGUGUCAACCCCUAUAGCAUACAGUUGGUCACGGAAUGGCCAUUGAAGAGUAAACUCGACCCAAAGAUUUAUGGCCCUCCAGAAUCAGCAAUCACUACAGAAUUGAUUGAUAGGGAGAUCAAAGGCUUGAUGACUGUCAAGGAGGCCAUAAAUCAAAAGAAGUUGUUCAUACUAGAUUACCAUGAUCUAUUUUUGCCAUAUGUGAGCAAAGUAAGAGAGAUUAAAGGGACAACUCUGUAUGGAUCAAGGACUCUGUUCUUCCUAACCCCAGAAGGCACUUUAAGGCCUUUGGCCAUUGAGCUGACGCGGCCACCAAUGGAUGGGAAGCCUCAGUGGAAACAAGUUUUCAUGCCUUGUUGGAAUGCUACUGGUGUUUGGCAAUGGAGGAUUGCAAAAGCUCAUGUCCUUGCCCAUGACUCCGGAGUUCACCAACUUGUUAACCACUGGCUAAGAACUCAUGCUGCUAUGGAACCUUAUGUAAUUGCGACAAAUAGGCAACUCAGUGUGGUGCACCCAAUCUAUAGACUAUUGCAUCCUCACUUCCGGUACACUAUGGACAUUAAUGCUCUCGCCCGACAAAUACUUAUUAACGGAGGGGGAAUCAUCGAGUCCUCAUUCUCGCCUGGCGAAUACUCCAUGGAGCUCAGCUCCGUCGCUUAUGACCAGCAGUGGCAAUUCAACCUGCAGGCAUUGCCAGCUGACUUAAUUAACAGGGGAAUGGCUGUUGAAGAUCCAACUGCUCCACAUGGCCUAAAGCUCACAAUUGAGGAUUACCCAUUUGCCAAUGAUGGACUUGUCCUUUGGGACACAAUCAAAGAGUGGGUGAGUGACUAUGUGAACUACUAUUACCCGAACCCAAGCCUCAUAGAGUCUGAUCAAGAGCUACAAGCAUGGUGGACUGAAAUUCGAACAGUAGGCCAUGCCGACAAAAAGGAUGAACCAUGGUGGCCGAUUCUGAAAACCCCAAAAGACCUCAUCGAAAUCAUCACAACGAUUGCAUGGGUGGCGUCCGGACACCAUGCAACCGUAAACUUUGGACAAUACUCUUACACAGGAUAUUUUCCUAACCGACCUACCAUUGCCAGAACCAACAUGCCCAUUGAAGACCCUUCCGAGGAAUCUUGGAACAAUUUCUUGAGAAAGCCGGAAAGUGUGCUCUUGGAAUGCUUCCCCACAAAAAUUCAGGCAACGAGAAUGAUGGCGGUGAUGGACAUCCUAUCAAAUCAUUCUCCGGACGAGGAGUAUCUGGGGGACUUGGUAGAGUCUGCAUGGGAUGAAAACCUGUAUAUAAAAGGAGUCUUUGAACGGUUUAAGGGGAGGUUGACGAAGCUUGAAGAGAUUAUUGACGAGAGAAAUGCCAACAAGAAUUUGAUGAAUAGAAGCGGAGCUGGGAUUGUGCCGUAUGAGCUUUUGAAGCCAUCCUCGCCACCUGGAGUGACCGGAAAGGGUGUUCCCUAUAGCAUUUCCAUUUGAAGUUUAGGAAAGGCAAUUAAGUUUUAAGGUUUAGGGGUAUUUUUGUAAAUUUAUUUUUACAUAGAGAAAGCUGUAAACUUGACUUAUA